AUUCCUAGAUUACUGUUAUUCACUUUCAUUCAAUUCGAUUCCAAGAACCCUCACAAUUUUUACAUGAUUCUCAGAUUCCUAAGAGAUUGCUUAUUUCACAGUCGUGAUAAGACCGGCAUUAUCUUCUCCACUGUUACUCUGUUAAAUUUGAUAUUGUGAUUUCAGAUUUGUGCUUUUUGUUACCUGAAUGCAUCAUCAAGCUAUAAUCGGGAAACCGACGCUAGUUCCAGCAAAUGGCCUUUUCUCACACCCACACCCGACCUCUGCUCAAAACCCUAGACUGGCUGUAAUUCGUUCCGUCUCGCCCAACAGAAGUAGUAGGGCUCGCUGUUCGGUUCUCAAUAAUCGGGGGAUAGAAAUUCCGGCGCCAAAGCUCCGGCGUUUCAACGACUCCGGCGAAGACCGCCGCCUCAGGGCCGUCGGAGUUAAGGACAUCGAUGUCGCGACGCUAGGGAACCUCUGCGUUGAUAUUGUUCUCAAUGUCCCUAAACUGCCGCCCAAACCCCAUGACAAGCGCAAGGCUUACAUGGAUGAGCUUUCCAAAACUCCCCCAGAUAAGGAAUACUGGGAAGCUGGUGGCAACAGCAAUGUAGCAAUAGCAGCAGCGAGACUUGGGCUUUGCUGUACUACAAUUGGUCACGUUGGCAAUGAUGUCUAUGGACGUUUCUUCUUAGAUGUGCUUCAUAGUGAAGGAAUCAGUAUGGUUGGGAUGAAUGAACCGAGUGAUGACGUUGAUAGCUCCAGUGCUGCCUACGAAACUCUGCUUUGCUGGGUCCUGGUGGAUCCUUUACAAAGACAUGGUUUUUGCAGCCGAGCAGAUUUUAGUGAGGAUCCUGUAUACAGUUGGAUGACUAAGUUGUCUGCUGAAGUAAAGAUGGCUAUAAAACGAUCAAAAAUCCUAUUCUGCAAUGGUUAUGACUUUGAUGAGCUCUCUCCUAGCCUGCUUGAAUCUGCUUUGGACUUUGCGGUUGAAGCUGAAACAUCUAUCUUUUUUGACCCUGGUCCAAGGGUGACCCUUGUUUCAGGAAGACCUGAAGAACAGAGAGCAGUUGACAAAUUCUUCAAGAUGAGUGAUGUGCUUCUUUUGACUUCUGAAGAGGCAGAGUCAUUGACUGGCAUUGAAAAUCCAAUUAUGGCGGGGCAAGAGUUGCUAAAGAAAGGAGCCCGUCUUAAGUGGGUGAUUGUUAAGAUGGGUGCAAAGGGUUCGAUUUUGAUCACCAAAUCAAGUAUAACCUGUGCCCCUGGAUUCAAGGUGGAUGUUAUUGACACCGUUGGGUGUGGAGACAGCUUUGUGGCUGCCGUUGCAUUUGGUUUUAUACACAACGUGCCAUUGGUAUAUACUCUAACCCUCGCAAAUGCAGUGGGCGGUGCAACUGCUAUGGGUUGUGGCGCUGGUAGAAAUGUCGCGACCCUAGAGCAAGUGAAGGAACUCAUGAGAAGAUCAGAUAUUAACGAGGAUGAAAAGCUAUGGGAGGAGUUACUUAGUGAUAGUCUAGGAACGUUAGAAGUAAAUUUACUCUUGAGAUCGGUCAUAGACCAGAACAGCCCACAGCUUAACGUAGUUCCCCUGCAAAGGGCGGUCUCUGAAAUUCUACCCAAGCUCUUACCUGCUCAGUCAAAGAUGGCUGUCGCUUCUUCACUGUCAUGAACAGACGUUAUGAUGGUAGAUUGGUUAUCUUUGCUAUAGUCAACAUACGAUUACUAUCGCCUUACUACUCACCACCAAAACACAGCUCGAGAUUGGAGAUGAAUGGUAAGUCGAGACAAUAGUUUUAGUUUCAGGGAAGGGUGCUCAAUAUUGUGGGUUGUAUUUUUACCAUCUUGAUGAUUAAACAAACUGAUAGCACAUGAUUUACACAAACAAUUCUUGUAAUUUUCUCGGCACAUCAGUGAGAAUAGCGUUUUAGAUGCAUUAUUCUUGUUUAGUCA